AACAUACAAUUUUAUAUUCAAAAUUCAGUCACCUGCUACUUAACAUCUGUAAAGAAGGUUCAGAGGGUAGGAGAAAGAGAGAGUUAACGUCUCUUCACGUGCAUUUUAUCGAUGAUCGAGCGUGAAAUCGUUAAUGACGGUCUCGAAACUUCCGUUUUAUAUGAGCGCGCGCGGCGAGCGAGCGUUUCGCGGGGAGUAUGCAAGCAGACAGAAAUAGAUCGUAGAAAGUGGGCGACGAUGUUAUUAUUAGCGCAGCGAAGAAUGUCUGGAUAAUAAUAGCCAUUAAUUAUGAUGUACCGUACAACCUCUCCGUUGCGUCGCGUCGCAACGCGUGCGGAGUUGUUGAACGCGCAAAUCCGCCCGAUGAGCUGUCGAGCACGUCGCGACGCGUCGUGUUGAAAACAAGAGGUGGUACUUGCCACUUUUCACGAGCAUUUUCCGAGACCGCGCCGGAUAUUGUUUUAAUGACAAAUUCUUCGGGCAAUCUAGAAUUGAUUUCUUUUUACAAGCUAAACCAGCCGAGACGUUGAUGGUUAAGUACGAGCGGUCGAAAGUAAAUUAAGUAAAUGUUUUGCGAAAUAAACUUUCCGAAUUUUAAAUAACAAAAAUAGCGUUUCUUCAGUUGAUUCCGAAUGAGAUUUAUUUCAGUAGAAUUUUAAUUUAAGGUCAAAGAAAUACCUGUUUUUCUAGUUUUUCUGUUUACUUGAUUCGAUCGCAAAAUAUAAAUAAUACAUAACGUUUCUCAAUUUUGACAACUCGCCACUCUUCAAUCUCUUCAUUCUCUCUUCAACUGCGCUAACGUCGAGAUCGGUGUGAUGACGGCUGGAUAUUCUUGGUGAUUUUGGCCGAACCUUUUGAAUGUUUAACGUAUCGUCGUCGUGUUGCCCCGCUGCCGGUGAAGCAUGGAGGCUGGCAGCGACGCGAAGUGAGCGGGCCCUUUCGUUCUCCCCACUCCCUCCCUUUCGAAAUACGCACCUGCUGACAAACAGAAAACGAAGGCUGAACCCUCUGACUAUACAUAUAUUUAGAAAAAGGAAGAGGAAAGAGGACUGCAACGGAUCACCGCCAAAAAACUAGUAGAAUUUUAGUCAAAACUUGAAAGAGAGAGAGAAUAAGAGAGUGCGCAAGAUAUAUAUAUGUAUAUACACAAUAUACAUAUAUGUAUAUAUAUAUAGGAAGAGGAUAAUAGGACGAGAGGAACACAAGAUAUACAUACAUUUAAUUAUAUAAAUAUAUAUAUAAAUAAAAGGAAGGAAGGAAAGAAGGAAGGAAGGAAGGAAGGAAGGAGAGUGAUUCGUGAGCGUGUAAAUAAGAGCUAUUUUUCGUAUGAGUGCGAAAAAGACGCGCCCUGGCCGGAGAGAAGCGAGAAACGACACGUUCGAGAGCAUCUUCGGACGAGGGAAGAUUUAGGGUGCUCCUGAAAAAGCCGAAUCGUCAAGUGGAGUAUAAGAAGAGGAAGAGGAAGAGGAAGAAGAAGAAAAAGAAGAUCACAGUGGCGGCAGAAGAGAGCGAAAGGAUACCGUCGCGUCACGGUUGUUUGGACGUUGUUUCGAUGUUCUCCAGUCCGGAUCGCCGGUGUUUCUCCCCCCUACAGAGGAAUAGCCCCUCUCGCGGAGACUGAUCGGGACGAUAUCUCGUGAAAGAAACCGUAGUGAGGAAGGUGAACGAGGAGAAGGGUAGUCGACGUAAAGCGAAAGGGUGAAAAAAGAUAGGUAGAAAAGAGGAGGAAGGGUAGAAAGAGUGCGCAAAGAGAAAGAGAGAAAGGAAAUAUUAGGAGAGCGAUCGUGCGGCAUCGAAAGGGCCGGCUCCAUGUUGUGAGCGUCUGAGGACUGCCGAGGGCAGCAGUGAAAGGGCGGAGUAGGGUGCCGCCACCGUUAUGGAAUUCGGUGGCGGGGGCGGUGGGGCACGCGGGGGUGUCCAGCCACCCUCCGCGGGGGCGAGGGGCAUCACCGGCUCCGACACUACCGACGCUCCUUCGUGGCACAAACACGAGCAAAUGAUGCUCAUGGAGGCAUCCAGGCACAAGCAGCAAUUGAGCGGGAGGACAGGGACCGGCGGUGCGCCCCUUUACGGGCGCCUGGUGGCCGAGGAGCCCAUGCCCUCCGCGGUAUGCGGUGGGGCUGGUGCCGCGGGUGGCGGGGCUGCCGGCGGGGUUCCGCAGGAACCCUCGGACAUUCACGCCAUGCAGGCCAGGAUACCCCACAGGUUUCGCGAUCCAGCGACGGCGCCCCUCAGGAAACUCAGCGUCGACCUCAUCAAGACCUACAAGCACAUCAACGAGGUUUACUAUGCGAAGAAGAAGAGGAGAGCACAGCAGAUGCAAGGGGAAGAUGGCUCGCAUAAGAAGGAGAGGAAACUCUACAACGACGGCUGGGACGACGAUAAUCACGAUUAUAUCAUCAAGAAUGGGGAAAAGUUCCUCGAUCGAUACGAAAUCGAUUCGUUAAUAGGUAAAGGCAGUUUCGGCCAAGUAGUGAAAGCAUUUGACCACGAAGAGCAGACACAAGUGGCAAUAAAAAUCAUCAAGAACAAGAAGCCUUUUCUUAAUCAAGCGCAAAUCGAAGUUAGGCUAUUGGAAAUGAUGAACAGAGCCGAUACCGACAACAAGUAUUAUAUAGUUAAACUGAAGAGGCAUUUUAUGUGGCGGAAUCACUUAUGUCUGGUAUUCGAGCUGCUAUCGUAUAAUCUAUAUGACCUACUUAGAAAUACGAAUUUCCGAGGAGUGUCAUUGAACUUGACAAGAAAGUUUGCACAGCAACUGUGUACUGCCCUCUUGUUCCUGUCUACGCCGGAAUUGAACAUCAUUCACUGUGAUCUGAAACCUGAAAACAUCCUUUUGUGCAAUCCCAAACGAAGUGCGAUAAAAAUAGUCGACUUCGGUAGCUCGUGUCAACUUGGACAAAGAAUAUAUCAGUAUAUCCAGUCCAGGUUCUACAGAUCUCCAGAAGUCCUAUUAGGAAUACCUUACGACCUCGCGAUAGACAUGUGGAGUCUGGGAUGUAUCUUAGUAGAAAUGCACACGGGGGAACCUUUGUUUAGUGGGGCCAACGAGGUCGAUCAAAUGAACAAAAUCGUAGAAGUACUAGGAAUGCCGCCGAAACAUAUAUUGGACCAAGCGCACAAGGUGCGGAAGUACUUUGACAAAGUCCCCACGGAUGGCUCGUUCGUGCUGAAAAAGUCCAAGGACGGUAAAAAAUACAAACCUCCCGGCACGAGGCGUUUGCACGAUAUUCUAGGUGUCGAAAGCGGCGGCCCCGGUGGCAGGAGGAUAGGGGAACCAGGCCAUUCGAUGUCUGAUUAUCUUAAAUUCAAGGACCUAAUCGUACGGAUGUUGGACUUCGAUCCGAAGACACGGGUAACGCCGUAUUACGCGCUUCAGCACAAUUUCUUUAAGAGGACAGCCGAUGAGGGGACCAACACGAAUGUCGCUGCUGCCAAUAGCGCGAGCACGAGUCCGGCAGUGGUGAUGAGCCAGGAUCACGGACUGGUAACCAUGUCGGGACAGGGCAGCAGCGGUAGCAGCGGCGGUGGCAGUCUGCAGCAGAUGCAAGCGUCGAAUCUCCCUGGUGGUGGCUACCAGCCCAUGGACUGCGAGUCUUCACCCCGUCAUACGGGCAGUCGGCGUGCCAUAACAACGGGCUACCCAUCAACGUCAUCCACUGGGGUGUCCACGUCCGCCGGGAUGUCCAUGCAAUCCAUGGACAGCUCUCUGAUACAGAGCUCUCUUGGAUCGUACAAUAGCCUAAUUCUUCCUGGUAUACCCCACCUGAUGACCUCGCCGAUGAUUCAGCAGCAGAACUUUUACAACUACGGCUACUCGGCUACUGAUACCCACAGUAUGGUCAGACAGCCAUCAACGGUGUCGUCCGGUAACCAGCGAGAUCCAGAGAGAGAAGAUAGCCCGAUGGUCGGGGUAUGCGUCCAACAGAGCCCAGUCGCUAUCCACUAAGUGGCAAGAAGGGACAACUGACGGUGGACAAUACAGUUUGUCGCGAACGCAAGACCGUGAAAAAGAUGAGUAGCUGAUUUACAGAGAUGGCAUGCCUUGAGAAUGGAUGUUAUGCUACAUAUAAUGUGGCAUUGAGAAGAAAACGACAGAAGAACGGAUAAAUGGCAUGUUGAACAUCUUGAAAGUCGUUCCCCGAUGCUGCUUUCUCAUCACAGAGUCAAAAAGAAAUAAGAAAUAAAACACGUUGUCUUGCGAUUAGUCUCAACUUCGGCAGUGAAUUCAAGAAAUUUUUCGGACAUGUUGGUUUGGCUGAACAAUUCUGAAAAAUGCAAAUAAAAUUUCCCGGAAAAUCCAAAGAAAUAAUCGUAAAUCACAAAGCCCAAAACUCUCUGUGUAUCAAGAGAUCAUAGAAACGAAAAAGUACCCUAAGCUUGGCGGCGUUAACGACUGUAUGAGAAAUCUUAAGAGUAGAGGAGAAAGCGAUGGGAGAAAAAAGAGGGGGAACCUCUAAUUUCUGUUGCGUUGCUGAAUUUUUCGUAUUUUUUAUCAAGCUGACUGGCCCUAUGUUGAGAGUGGCUAUAUGUGUCUAACACGGAAGAUGUUGACGAAAGCUUCGAGCAUGGACAGACAGUAAUGGUCUAGUGAGGAUGAACCCAGCUGGCCUCUCGGGUCCUGCCCGAUUUCCACAGACACUCUUAGCAGGUUUUUUAGCAGAAACGGCUGAGCGGAAAACUUUCGGCAACCAAACUGUGUGGCCUAGAGAGCUAAAAAGUGAUAAUUACUAUUAUUACCGCGUAAAAAAAAGAAAGAGGAAGUAAGAAUUACCAAUGUAAGCAUGUACUCCAAUAGAGUUUUAUACACGAUGUCACACGAAUGUAAACGGUUUAGCAAGUACUUGCGAGCAAACAGUCGCGUCGACUGCUAGUUAUUUGUACAAUACACUUAGGUGAAUGAUAAGAGUGCAGCUUUAGGGUUUAGCUUUUAAGUGUGAGGAGGUAAAACACACACAUACAAACACAGAUAUUGUAAAACUUAAAUCUUUUAUUUACUUUAAUGGAAGACAAGGAUGUUGCAAACGUCAGUUUGUUGUUGAACAAGGACUCUAAACAAACGAGGUUUGCGCGGCUUAACAACAAUACAUAUUUAUACAUAAAAAAACGCAGUAAUAAGAAAGUUAAAAAAGCAGCAUACACGUAAAAUCGAGAAUGAUAUAAUCAUACAAAGAACCUAGAUACUUUAUAAUAAACAAUACGCGCGUACUCGCAUACACACGUGUUUCCAACGCUAAUCGUCAUUGAUUUUUGCCGUUUUGCCCCGAUGGUCGCUGCGCUUAUGCCAUUCGCACCAAUUGUAAUGUAGGCUCUUUAUUUCUAUAGAGGAUUCUACUUUCAUUUGGCCAAAAUAUUUUAAAUCUUUAAAAUGCGAUCUUUUUAUUAUUUAUGUAUUAUAAGACUAGAUGACGAACAAAAAUAGAAGCUAAUAAUUUCUUUCUUAUUAUCAUCAACCACAUUUUUGUCAUCAUGAAACUACCAAUUGUAAGUGUAGUAUAGUACCUGAAGGCAGACCAUUAAAAUGCAACUAUAAUCCCUGUACCAUCCAGAUGUUACAAAGGAAAAAAAGUAUGACUUUUAAUAGAAAAUAAUAAUAUAUGCUGUAAAAAGAAAGAAAUCUAAAGAAUUAUGCAUGUUGCUUUUCUAUAAUCACGAUAACGAAAUAUGGAAAUACCAAGUCUGUUUACAAGGUAUAUUUGAUAUAUUUGCGGCUUUUUAUACUCUUUCAUACAAAAGAGAUUACAUGAAUGGAGACUUUAAGAUUUAGAGAAUAAUUUAUCUGUGGAUUAUGUCAUUUAUUACAUUAUAUAUUGGACAAGCAUAAUCUUUUUUUGUUGACGGAUCUUUACUGAUUUACUAUUAUUAAUUUGUUUUAAGACGUUCUAAUAUCUAAUUUUAAUUGUCUUUUUAUGUGGUCUCCGAUAAAUGAAGCUACAUGUAUAAUUCUCAAUAUAACCGUCAUCUUUAACGUUUUAAUUGCGAUAUCUUUUUUGUACGAAAAUUUUAAUGCGUAAAUAUAAAGCAGCGGCAAAGCAAUUUCGUCUGCAUGACUGCGACUGUUGUCAAAAGAGCUUGGCCAAAAAAAAAGGUAUUAGACGACCAAGAGAAUUCUUACAAUGUAUUUUCUGGAAAAGUAACGAGUCUCACUGUGAAAUUUAGAUUUGAAUUCUUGUUGUAUUAGUUGUAAAUAUAUGAGAAAUAUAAGAUACUUUCGAGUAGCUGAGAAAAGUCUAACGUUUCACAAGCCAUUCGAUCUGCUAAGAAUCAUUUUAUUCGUGCGGCCUUUCGAAUGAUUUGUAUAUUUUUAUACACCUGCAAUACAAGAACAUUUGCAGAUACGAUUUAAUGAGAUAUACACGAGACGAUUCUAUAUUGCAACUCAGAUGUUGAAGUUUGUUAUACUCGAAUUUAUAAUAAGUUACCGAACGAAAACAAAUUUUCUAACAAUAUCUAAUAAUAUGUAAAUCAACCAACGGACAAAUAGGAAUACGAAGCCCACUGACACUUGUACCAUAAAUGUUUUUAUAUCGCAUUGAGAUUUACGGCAAUCGGUGCUUAAGAUACAUUAAAUUUCAAGAGUCGUAAUGAGUCUGUGUUGUGAUUAGAUAGCUCGAAAGCAAUGCUUAAAAUAGAUAGAUUCGCUAUGACAUAAAUAAA